GACGGCGAAAAAUCCCUCUCUCGCCCCAAAAAGCUUCGCAAGCUCUCCCCCGACUCCACCACCCCUCCACCCCCUCCCUCCUUCUUCCUCCUCCCUCGCCCCCUCUCCGCCCCCGGAGAGCUCGACUCUGCUAUCCGCCACCUCCGCGCCGCCGACCCCCACCUCGCCGCCGUCAUCGACGAGCUCGAGCCCCUUAGCCUUAACCAAUUUCAGCACCCGUUCCUAACCCUAGCCCGCAGCAUCAUCCACCAACAACUCGCUCCCAAAGCCGCCGUCCCUACCUACGAGCGCUUCCUCAAGCUCUGCGAGGCCCACGGCGGCGUCUCACCCUCCGCGGUCCUCGCGCUCUCCUCUGAUCACCUCCGCCAGAUCGGCAUCUCGGCCCGGAAAUCCAGCUACCUCCAUGAUCUCGCCCGCAAGUUCCAUACGGGAGUUCUUUCCGACGCAGCGAUCGUCUCGCUCGACGAUCGAUCGCUGCUUGCGUUGCUGACUAUGGUGGAGGGGAUCGGGACGUGGUCGGCGCAUAUGUUCAUGAUCUUCUCGCUGCAUCGUCCUGAUGUUCUGCCAGUGGGGGAUGCCACGGUGCGGCGCGGCGUGCAGGUUUUGUAUGGGUUGGCGGAGACCCCGCGGCCGUCACAGAUGGAGCAGUUGUGUGAGCGGUGGAGGCCAUAUAGAUCGGUCGGAUCUUGGUAUAUGUGGCGCCUCUCGCAAGCGAAGGCGGCGGUCUCCCCCAGCGUCGUUGGGCUAAUUGCGGCCACUCCUCAUCAGCCUUUGAUGAUGGAUUCUUUUCAGGUAGACCGGUAGCAGCUGCAAGGAACAGUUCUUUAGUGCUCUCCAUGCUUGAAAGGUGAACUUCUGAUUGAGUAUCUUCCAAAAUUCUGUUUCUGUUUGUCACUGAAUUCCUUGAAGAUUUUUGGUUAUGAAGGUUUAAAAAGUUUUAGGUGUUGAUUGAAUUCUGAAACUUUUUAUUUCAGAUGAUUAUAUAAAUCAAACUCCAGUUUUCAUGCUUAAAUCUGUUGGUGAAUUUUGAUGAGUGGAUAUUUGACACUCCAGAUUAUGAUUUUAAGGCGAUAAAGGCCUAAAUUUUGAUUAUUAGGAUGGGGAUGCAACAAUUUUGUUCAGUCAAUAUUUGAAAUAUGUGUUUCUCUGAGGGGUUUAGUGCUUAGUUGAGUUGUAUGUUAUUGUUAACAUUUAGUUUAUUAUGUGUGCUCUUUUAGAAAAAAAUCUUGUCUU